AUGUCCUUCGAGACGACAACCGCGAGCAAGUCUGAAGCGCGUGCCGCCAAGGACCAAGCAAGAGACAGGAGUUUCUCGGCCGCCGUGCAACCCUACGACAACCAGCCUUCACAGCCCACCGCCGGACACAUACCCCGAUCCGCCAGCUACACAUACUUCCCUCAGGUCAAGGAGCCGCUUGUGGACGAGGUUCCGAUCGUUCGUAUCAAGGGUUCGAUCAGCGAAGAUGAAUUGGCAGCGUCGCACAACAUCUACGCCGAUAGGGAUUCAUACAGCUCGUCAGGGUCAGGGGGAAGCACACCAGAAAACGAGGCAGUCACUCCGCUGGAGUUGAGUACCAGCAAGAGGUCGUUGGACAUGAGCAAGUCUCAGCAGAGCUCAAAGAUCACCAUCUCGAAAUUUCUCCUAUCAAACGGUGAGCCCAGAGAUUCGGCUUACGCAUCCGCAAACGAGCUUGAUGGCGCUGUGCAACCUGGCUUCGUAAUCUCAAAGCCAAGAUCGUCCUCUAGGACGCGCAACGUUUUCCGUCGCAAGUCGUGGAUUCCACGGUCCCAGUCGACCUCCCGCUCCACAUCUCGGUCAAACUCGCCGAGCAAAGCAGAGGCGGAACCCAGGCAAACCGACGAUGGCGCGACAAACUCCUCUUGGAUGUUCAGCGCCGGCCGUCGUAAGUCUAUGACAGGCCGUAGCCGAGACGCAGACCAUGCGAUAGCUGAGCCUAACCCUACGGCCGCCGUCUCCAGAAACGGCACUGUCGCAUCGAAGAGGCCUAGCAGACCCUUAAGCGCCCUGCUUAGAAGCUCUGUGGCUGGCAGCGAUGCGAAAUCAUCAAUUCCAUCAGCUCCGGUGCCUGCUCUGCCAAAGUCGUUCUCGACAGAUCGGUUGCCAAUACUGCCGAGAUCACACGCUUCAUCGGAGCGCAUACCUCCGGUUCCUAGAACGAUAUCGUCGGAAAAGAUCAAGACCCUGGUGCCAGAAGUCUCAAGGAAGAAGGACGAGUUGUGGAGUGUCUUUCGCACUCUUGAGAGUGAUCUUCACAAAUUCCAUUCCAAAUCAACCUCCCUCAAGGCCAAUGUUGUUCGGGUAUCACUCCUUCCGUUCCUGAAAACCUACGCUUCACAUCCCUCCAUACAGAAGCUCCGCGCCGAGGAUCUAGACCGGCGAACUGUCAUCUUAAACAAAUGGUGGACCGGCUUGCUUGAAAUGCUGCAUGGAAGGAACAACCAAUCCAUUUCCGGGACUGACAGGCCUGCCAUACUCGAUGGCAUCACAGGCAUUAUGGAAAGGCCGGAGUGGCGGCUCUUCCCCUCCCCAUUCUGCGCCUUGGCCGACAGGAAGCCUUCACCUGCAAUGCUCCGAUCAACUUCGACGACAUCCCUCGCAUCCAACGCCUCCGACUUCCUCAUUGAGUCCGUUCAUCACAAUGUGCGAAACACAUUCGUUCAGAACUUGCUGGCACAGAUGGCUUUUGUCAUAGACAAGAUGUCUUUGCGCAACGCUCCCGCAAGCACCGUCUCCUUCUGCGGCAAGACAUGUGCGUACGCGUUCAUGUUUUGCCCAGGCGUCGCCGAUGUUCUGAUUAAGUUGUGGAACCCUUCAACCAACCUCAUGAAGCGAGUGGUCGAAGAAAACGGGCCGUUAAGUAAGAAUACCCCACGUCCAGAUGAUAAGCGCAUGAUGGAGGCUUUCCCGCCAACCCUGCAUCCUCUGCGCUUCGUCUCGGUAGCAAAAAUAUUUCGCGAACUUCGUAAACCUUGCUCUAUGCCACUUGGGGCAGCGCAUCUUCAGUGGCAUGGACCAUGGACCAACCGAUGGUCAGGACGUGACAGCGAUUUGUUCUACGUGUUCGUCAAACAUUACCAUAUACUUGUCGCAGAGUUCCUACCGCCCGACACUACCAAAGCGGAGAGACUUUGCGUGCCAGGUAUGGUGUUUGUCCACGCACAAAUACUCACUAACCUUGACGCGACUAUCCAUCGGAACGCUUCUCAAAGCCAAGCGGAAGAGCCUGCUCAUGGAUCACCAACCAUCACGUUUGACGACGUACUCACUGAUCCCGACGCAUCUGCCACGGCGCUGCCCCUGGCGCCUUCUAACGCUGUACGGCUUAUGGCUGAGAACCGAUUGAUAAUGUUAAUACGAGAUUUUCUCUCGGAGCGAAGCUCCAUGUAUCCGACCGCUCGGCAUAUAUUCGCGGAAGCAUUCAACGACGUACUAAAAGCAUGCGCCAAGAAGGUAUCGAUAUACGAUCAUAACGCAUGCUACACACUCAUCGACUUUUUGGAAGAGGCCGUUGUCAUUCUAGUACGAUACGAACACAUUACAGCAUCUAGCAACGACAUGCUCGACUGGCCGUUCUGGCUCUCGGUGUAUAGACGGAUGAUUGAAAGCCAGAACACCACAACCGAGAUUCGGCUCUAUGCGUUCUUGUACAGCACGUGGAAUAGUAUUUCUAAUAGCCAGCAGCGGAAAGCGGACAUGUGUUUCGAAUUGCUCCUGGAUCCGAAGAUCUUCGAGAGCAGGUUCAACCACUGGUGUCCGAUGGUACGGGCGUACUUCAUGCGGCUUCUCUGCUGGCGGCUCGCAAGAUUCGAUGGGGACGCUGAUGCUGACGCUGCAGAGACAACCAUCCUUGUACGACUGAACGACAGACUGCGCUCUAUCUGGUCGCACUUCCUCUACGUUCGCGAAAAUGCCGACUCACGACAUGAGUUGCUUCCAUCGACCGCGCCUUGUAAUCCUGCACCUGGACGGCGUCUCCUUAUCAUCCGUACGGAUGCCCCGCUCAUUAACGUCAGCGGCCAGUUCUUCUCCUUUGAUGGUGCCGUGUCGCCUUCGACUACUCGAUCGUCAACCUUCAUGAGUCAAACGAUAUCUGACUCAGCGCUUCGUCCUUCGACUGGUCAGUCAGACGCUUCGGACUCGUCGGACAUGGUCGAAGACACGGGCAAGCGGAGAUGGGGCAUCUUCAAGAGUCUUAUGCCGGGCUCAUCGAAGACACGGUCGAAGUCUCGAAGCCCUGAUCCGCCAUCUGGGAAGGUCGUUCGCACCCAGUCCGUGGUGUCGCAGGCUACUGGGACUGCGCCCGCGACAUCCUCUGCUGCAGCUUCGGCGAGUCAGCCGGAUACGCCUCAAGCAUCUACUCACCGCACCUUCUGCUUCAAGUUCUCCCUCGAAUGGGUUGACAAACGAUUCCAGGCACCAGGAAACGCCCGACUCUUCCCACCUCGGCUCCCCCUGCCGGCGCAGAAGUUCUUGCAAGCGCAGCAGGGCACGCCACCAAACACCACACCAGUCAAGCCGCAGGGAGACGCCGUCAACUCGAGCAAGUAUGCCGGGCGCGCGCUCGCGGAGUGGGCGCUGGUCGUCAAUGAGUGCCAGAACUUCUUCGAGCGCCGCAAGAACGAGGGCGUGCCAGCGAACAGAUUGGUCGAGACACCUACGUUGGGCGUUGAGGCGUUCCGGCGGCCUGGGUAA